ACUGUCGGAGUACAUGUCCGAUUGUAUCACAUCCAUGCAGCUCAGCAGCCGUUUCAUGGGCUUCGUUCAACAGUGUAUUCUGCUCAUUUUCUAAUGUGUAACUAUUUGGCCUUCGUGGUUUAGUAGGCGUUUAUAUAAAAUGAAGCUAUAUCAUAUCAGAAACCUUUGGGGAAUGUUGCAAACCACAAAAAUAUCAGAAAAGGUGUCCUGCUGCGGUAAUAAACAACGAUUUUCAAGUAGCUUGCUCUCAGGUGACAUCGGGAGGUUUAUCGUGGAGAAUACAGAGAUUGUUGGAGAGGACUCCUUGACACCAGAGAUCAAGUUGAGGUUGUUGACGGCUAAAUGCAGAUUUUGGCAUGCAAACCCAGUACUGUGGCCUCUUCCUGACCCCUACUGGGCGAUAUAUUGGCCCGGGGGACAAGCUCUUGCUAGAUAUUUGCUGAAUAACCCUGGAGUUGCUAAAGGCAAGAGGGUACUGGAUCUUGGAAGUGGUUGUGGAGCUUCAGCCAUUGCUGCAAGCCUUUGUGGAGCAUCUCACGUAGUAGCUAACGACAUUGACAACGUUUCUGCCAUUGCCACCAUCAUAAACUGUGAACUGAAUGGUAUUGGGCCAGUUGAAUGUUUGAGUGACAACAUGAUUGGCUCACAACCCAAGCACUAUGACCUAAUUUUGUUGGGAGACAUGUUCUACGAUGAAGCCCUCGCUGAUGGACUUCACCGGUGGUUGGACAGCUGCAUAAACGCCCACGGAACCACAGUCCUUAUAGGAGACCCCGGGAGAGCCUCUUUUGAGGAGCACGACAUAAAAAGACUCCUACAGCAAAUAGCUGAGUUUGAGCUCCCUAAAUCGGUGCAAAUGGAGAAUUAUGGACUGACAUGUAGUACCGUUUGGCGCUAUCAGCCUAAAUUGUCAACAAUUUAGGACUUUUAUAUUUCAUACAUGCAAACAUCCGAAUGCAAGUUUUUAAUGUGAAAUCUGUUUUUCUUCUCAAAUUCCCAUAAUAGGAAUUAUAACAUUAUACAAUUAUUUUAGAUAAAUAUAUUUAAAUUAAACAAAAUCCCAGUGCAGUUUUGAAACAGCAGCAGGAGGCCACGCCCUGAACUGUAACCACAGCCCCUUUCAUCACUUAGAAUAUUUUACUUAUUACUAUGAACAAGUUUUGAUCAGUAGCAAAGAAUGCAUAUAAAUAAAAGAGAAAAAAAGUCAAUAUAGGAACAAUGUGAUAAUAUAAAGUGUAACAUCUCCAAUCAAAAACAUGGAAGCUUCAAUACUAAUGUUUCUAAUACACAGUCCAGGUCAGAUUUUGAAGGUUGCGUUGACCAAUGUCGUCCAAUGGUAGCCAAAUCUGAUCUGAAUAGGGAAGAGCCAAUAAACGAUGAUUAAUAUAUAUUUGAA